AUGACCAGUUCAUUUCACCUGGUCAUUCUGGCAACGGCUCUAGUGGUAGUGAUAACAGUAACUCACGCAUCAGCAGCCAGAACUACACGCUGGCCAAGACCAAAACCCACCAAGAAACCCCCUCGGGGUGGAGGCGUCGUUCCACCGCAGCCCCCAGGCCGACUGGGGGUACGCCAGACUACCACCACUACGGGCAUAUCCAGCACGUCAGGUACAGAGGAGACCACUGAGUCCACAAUGGAUGCCAACUCUGUCUCCCCUACUGACAGCGCCACAUUCUUCAGCACUCCAUACUCAUCUGAUUACCACACUGAGGCCUUGGUCCAUCUGGGAGGUGGCCCAGGAAACUACACCCUGGAUUACAAUGAGUGUUUUUUCAACUUCUGUGAAUGCUGUCCACCAGAGAGAGGCCCUCCUGGACCAAUGGGAGAAAAGGGGUCACCAGGUCCCCAAGGAGAGAAAGGAGAGGAGGGACCCAGGGGAGUUCCAGGACAACCAGGUCUCCCUGGAACUCCAGGACAAAAGGGAGAUAAAGGAGAUAAAGGUGAUCCAGGGGAAAAGGGACUACCAGGGGCACCUGGAAGUGCUGGGAGACCGGGCGAACCAGGUGAAGCAGGUCUGAAAGGAGAUAAGGGAGAUCCUGGUUUACUUGGAAUGAAAGGAGACGCAGGGCAGAAGGGAGAGCCAGGUCUGAAUGGAACUAAAGGGGAGAUGGGUGAACCAGGGAUGCACGGAUUUAUGGGUCCUCCAGGGCUGGAUGGAAUGAAGGGGGAAAAGGGCGAACAGGGAGACAAGGGGGACUGUGGAGUAGGGGAAAAGGGGGAGAAGGGGGAAAAAGGUGACCCUGGCCUUGCAGGUCCAAAGGGGGACAUUGGGGCACCAGGACCAAAAGGCGCUGCAGGGCCUCCAGGAGCUGCUGGUGAGAAGGGAGACCCUGGUUCCCCAGGGCCACAGGGAGAGGAAGGUAUACCCGGUCCACCGGGCCAAGCAGGAGCAAGAGGCUUACCAGGGCUGAAAGGAGCCCGUGGCCCUAAGGGGGCACGGGGUCUGAGGGGCAUGAAAGGUCCAAAAGGAGACAGCGCUGUCCAGAAGCGAUCGGCCUUCAGCGUGGGUUUGUUUCCCAGCCGCUCCUUCCCUCCUCCAGGCCUACCUGUCAAAUUUGACAAGGUCAUCUACAAUGAGGAAGGGCACUGGGACCCAAACAUAAGUAAGUUCAACUGCACUUACCCAGGAGUCUAUGUCUUCUCCUACUUCAUCACAGUGCGUAACCGACCUUUGCGUGCUGCCCUGGUGGUGAACGGAGUGAGAAAGCUGCGUACGCGUGAUUCCUUGUAUGGCCAGGACAUUGACCAGGCCUCCAACAUGGCACUCCUGAGACUGAGUGCUGGAGACCAGGUUUGGCUGGAAACGCUGCGGGACUGGAACGGAGUGUACUCCAGCAGCGAGGACGAUAGCACCUUCUCUGGGUUCCUGCUCUAUCCUGACGCUUCCAAGGAGUGA